CGGAGCCGCCCCCGGCACCUGCCCGGCCCUCCCUCGCCAUCCCUCCCUCCUCCUCCUCAUCCUCUCCCAUCGCUCCCCGCUGCCCCCGGGCCCAGCCGCAGCAUCGCGGGAGCCGCGGCCAUUGCGGCCGAGGCGGGGCCGCUCCCGCUCUGCCCCGGCCAUGAGGAGGAGGAGGAGGGCGGCGGCUCCGCGCUGAGCCCCCGCCGGAGGCUGAGAGCCCCUGGAUGCCGCUGAGCCCCCCCAGGACUGGCGGGGCUGAGCCCUCGGACACUGCUGAGCCCCCGGACUGGAGCUGCUGAACGUCCCCGGACACUGCUGAGACCCUCCAGGAUCCUGCUGAGCCCCCGGACUGACGGGUCUGAGCAUCCCUAGACCCUGCUGAUCCCCCAGACUGACGGGUCUGAGCACCCCUAGACCCUGCUGAGCCCCCGGACUGGAGCUGCUGAACGUCCCCGGGCACUGCUAAGACCCCCCCUAGGAUCCUGCUGAUCCCCCCGACUAACGGGUCUGAGCACCCCCGACACUACUGAGCCCCCCACGGACGCUGCUGAACCCCGGGACUGGAGGUGCCGGAUCCCUCAGGACAGUGCUGAGACCCCCUCGGACUGACGGGGCUGAGCCCCUCGGACACUGCCGAGACCCCCAGGAUUCUGCUGACCCCACCGACUGACGGGGCUGAACCCCUCGGACACUGCUGAGCCCUCAGGAUCCUGCUGAGCCCACCCCGGACACUGCCGCAGCUUUUCAGUGCUUUGCACCAGCGCAGCCCCAGGACUUUGAAGGAGGGAGUCAAGCCAGGCACUUGGAGAAUUGUCCAGUGGCUCAGUGCUGAGGGAAUUCUGUGGGAGCAUGGCUGGAGCAGGACGCAGAGUGUGGGCACAGAAUGCAGGCAGUGAUGCGGGCCGCUGCUCCCUGCCCGCGUGGCAGCUCCGUGCCGUGGCGCUGUGACCCCGCCGUGCUCCCGCCGCCGCAGGGUGCCAGCAGCCAUGAGGAGGUUUGGCUACUGCCGGGUGGUGCUGGCCACCUCGCUGCUCUGGGUGCUGCUGGACGUGUUCCUGCUGCUCUACUUCAGCGAGUGCAACAAGUGCGACGACAGCAAGGAGCGCUCCCUGCUGCCCGCCCUGCGCGCUGUUAUUUCCAGGAACCAGGAGGGCCCCGGGGAGAUGGGCAGGGCCGUGCUCAUCCCCAAGGAGGAGCAGGAGAAGAUGAAGGAGCUGUUCAAGAUCAACCAGUUCAACCUGCUGGCCAGCGACCGCAUCGCGCUGAACCGCAGCCUGCCCGACGUGCGGCUCGACGGGUGCAAGAGCAAGGUGUACCCGGAGGAGCUGCCCAACACCAGCGUGGUGAUCGUGUUCCACAACGAGGCGUGGAGCACGCUGCUCAGGACCAUCCACAGCGUGCUGGAGCGCUCCCCGCCGCGCCUGCUGGCCGAGAUCCUGCUGGUGGAUGAUGCCAGCGAGAGAGAGUUUUUGAAGGCCUCCCUGGAGAACUACGUGAAGAAGCUGGAGGUGCCCGUGAGGAUCCUGCGGAUGGAGCAGAGGUCGGGGCUGAUCCGGGCCCGGCUCCGAGGGGCAGCAGCUGCCAAGGGCCAGGUGAUCACGUUCCUGGAUGCCCACUGCGAGUGCACCCUGGGCUGGCUGGAGCCCCUGCUGGCCAGGAUCAAGGAGGACAGGAAAACCGUGGUGUGCCCCAUCAUCGACGUGAUCAGCGACGACACCUUCGAGUACAUGGCGGGCUCGGACAUGACCUACGGGGGCUUCAACUGGAAGCUGAAUUUCCGCUGGUACCCCGUGCCCCAGAGGGAGAUGGACCGCAGGAAAGGGGACAGGACCCUGCCCGUCAGGACCCCAACUAUGGCUGGUGGCCUGUUUUCUAUUGACAGGAGCUACUUUGAAGAGAUAGGAACUUACGAUGCAGGAAUGGAUAUCUGGGGUGGCGAGAAUCUUGAAAUGUCCUUUAGGAUCUGGCAGUGUGGGGGCUCGCUGGAGAUCGUCACCUGCUCCCACGUGGGACACGUGUUCCGCAAGGCCACCCCCUACACCUUCCCGGGGGGCACCGGCCACGUCAUCAACAAGAACAACCGCAGGCUGGCCGAGGUCUGGAUGGACGAGUUCAAGGAUUUCUUCUACAUCAUCUCCCCGGGGGUGGUGAAGGUGGAUUAUGGAGAUGUUUCUGUCAGGAAGGCCCUGCGGGAGAGGCUGGGCUGCAAACCCUUCUCCUGGUACCUGGAGAACGUGUACCCCGACUCGCAGAUCCCGCGGCGCUACUACUCCCUGGGAGAGAUCAGGAAUGUUGAAACCAACCAGUGCUUGGACAACAUGGGCCGCAAGGAGAACGAAAAAGUGGGAUUUUUCAACUGCCAUGGCAUGGGAGGGAACCAGGUGUUCUCCUACACGGCGGACAAGGAGAUCCGCACGGACGACCUGUGCCUGGACGUGUCGCGGCUCAACGGCCCCGUCCUCAUGCUCAAGUGCCACCACCUGAGGGGCAACCAGCUCUGGGAGUACGAUGCUGAGAAGCUCACCCUGAGGCACCUGAACAGCAACCAGUGCCUGGCGGAGCCGUCGGACGAGGACCGGCUGGUGCCCACCGUGCGCGACUGCGGCGGCGGCCGCGCCCAGCAGUGGCUGCUGCGCAACAUGACCCUGCCGGCGUGACCCGCCUCGUCCCGCUGCUCCUCUGCUCCCAGCGGGGCCCGCCCGCCCCCGGCAC